AUGGACAGAGGGUUCUGGGUCCCUGAACGCAUCCGGCCUUUCCCACCCCAACUGGAUGGUUCAUCCCAGGCCUUGGGGCUGGGCCCCUUGGACAGCAAUUUCCCAUGGAAUCAAAGGCUCUUUUCAAAGUUACAACCCCUGACCAGCACCGGUUGCCCAGAAGGCAAGGCUCAGCUCACGGUCCGAGAGGCAGGACUGCUGGGUCUUGGGGAGGCGGUGGUCGCCGACGCCCCAGCGCCGGCCAGGGGGGCUCAUUCAUUCCCCCCUAAACAGAAUCUCGCAAGAGCCGAGCUGAGCGUAUUGCGUGUAACUCGCCGGCUCCUGGCUCAGGCGUCAGGCAAGCCCUUCCCUUGCCUCUGCUGCCUCGUGACCUAUGCGCUGGUGGGGGCCAAUCUCUUCUCUGCCAACCUCAGAGCGGACGGCCAGAAGUUUGAGGAGUUCUUGGAGAAACUCUGUGACAUCUUGAAAUGCAACAGAACAGUUGAGGAAGGCAGUAAGCAGACUCUCCAUGUGCUGAAGAAGGUGAAGCCCCAGGGGUUGUCCAGGUUCUCAGACUGGUCCUUCCAGCUCUUUUUCUGCUGCACAGUCCUUACCACCGUGGGUUACGGCCACAGGCACCCCGUCACUAGGCUGGGCAAGUACCUGUAUCUGUACACGCUCUUAGGUGUCCCCCAUUUCCUGGUCCUCACGGACAUGGGCGACAUCCUGGCAGCCAUCUUAUCCACAUCUUACAACAGAUUCUGGAAACUUUCCAGACCCGUCACCUCCCCGGCUGGUGCCCGACUGCUCUGCAAGAGAAGGCCCGAUGGCAGGCCUGAGGACGUAGAUCCGCAGGUGAACAUCGGUGCUGAAGAGCUCCCGGGCCUCAAGCCUGGUGGCCCUGCAGCCCAGAACCGCAGCCCAGAACCACUGGAGUGACGUCCUGCACCAGAGAAGCAGAACCCGCAGCAGCUGCCCCCGCGAGGCACGGAGAGGAGCAGCUCGUGCCAGCUGGUGUCGGGGAGAUUCUCCUCCUCCGUCAUCAGCAACCUGGAUGAGGUGGGACGGCAGCUGGAGAGGUUGGACGGGCCCCUCCCCAUCACCGGCCUUGUUGUUUCCGCCCGCAUUUCCUGCGCAGCUGCCGUUCUCCUCUGGGGGAUGCACAUGGCCUUCAGGAAUGCCUUUUACUUCUGCCUCAUCACACUGACCAUCAUCGGGUUUGGGGAUGUCCUUUUGGAGCAUUCAUAUGUUGUCAUGCUCUGUUCUGUUUGUAUCGUCAUCAGUGUGGAGAUUGCGAUGGCUUUCAAGUUGGUGCAGAACAGGUUGAUUCACAUGUACAAAAAGCUCAUGUUGUUCUUUGCAGUUGAGGGGAAGUCUACAGACAGCAAGAGGAGAGUCCGCUUCUGA